AUGCCGUGUCUCGACUAUGAAGAGGAAAAGGAUUGGCUUGCUAACCUUACCACCGUAGAAAGCGGCAUAUGGCGAGGUUAUUGCGACGGGUAUACUCAGCCUGACAACACCCCUCGCUCAUCAGGGGCCUCACCGUCUUCGAAGCUCAUUCACACCAAAAAAGCACCACUCGUCCUUAAUGAGCCGUCCAUCAACACGAUACGGUUCAAGAAUGGCGAGCAGAGAGCAUAUUUUGACGAGUGGACUUCGCUUUCUGUCUAUUUCCUCAGCGGUGGUUUGAGCCAGACAUCAUUGUGGACGACCACAUUGCCUCAGCUUAGUCUAGAGGAGCCGACGUUACGGACUGCGGCAAUGGCUAUCGGAGCCCUGAGAAAGGCCUACUCAUAUGAAGGCCUUCCUAUCGGCUCUGUCCUAAGCGACGAUAACAGACACUACAUCAACGCAAUCACCUACUACUGUAAGGCGUUACGCCUUCAAACCAAAGCCAUGCCGACGAAUGAGGGUAUGCGGACCGCACUUCUCUCCUCGCUACUCUUCAUAUGCUUUGAGGCGCAACGAUCGAACAUACCGGCCGCCCUCAAGCACGUCACGCAUGGUUUUACCAUGCUUAACGAGCUAGCUACCUGCACUGAAAAUGGCCCGAGCCUGGUCAGCAUCGCCCCAGCACCUCCAUCGUUGGUUCAGGAGAUCCUAGAAUGUUAUAAGCCCUUGGAGCAACAGUCGAGAUCUUUCACCGGCUCAUAUAGAAAAGUGUUUUUUUUUUCGGAAACAGGCGCACCCAAUCAGCCAAACCAGCCCUUCUACACAAAUUCAACUAUGUACACAGCGAAUAACUCGACAACACUAGCCGGGCAGAUGUUCAACGAUACCCCACCCGGUGGCGGCUCAAACCCGACGGGACUGGGCCUCAACGAGUCGUCUGCCGGCUCGAGCCCCCAAACUUCAAGCCCUCCGAGUCUCCCGGGAACUCCGUGGAGUAUGAAUGAAGCGGUCACAGUUCUAGGACAGGGACAAAGGAACUCACAUGAAGGCUUUCCCAGUCCACAAAGCCAAACUGGCCCCAAAUCAAAAAGCAGUCAGACGCCGUUUCGGCUCCAACGACCUACGAGAAUUCUGCCGUUUAGCAAGCACUGCCCUUACUUCCGACCUAAGCAUUCAAAUAUCACUUCCCUCGGAACACUUCCAAUAACCUUCUCCUCCAUCGAAGAGGCCUGGAGUUAUUGGGGCUUGUUGCAAAAGCAUUUGAUGCAACACCAACCGCUCUUCAUAGCAGCGACCAGUCAGAUCGACCUAGCUCAGGUAACCGAUGAUGCUGACCUGGAGAGAAGGUUUGCCAGGGCCAGGGAAAUGCCGGAGUUUUCUGAGCUUAUAACUGAGACUCGAUAUUGGCUUCAGAGGUGGUGCGAGGCCUUCGAUCCUCUAUAUGAGAAUAAGCUACGCGAAAGAGAUCAAGACAGGCAGGGGUAUCUUGAGGCGGCCAGCCUGCGGAUAGAAUACCUGGUUGCGUUUAUUUACGGCAAGCUUACGCGCUACUCGAAAUUAGAAAUAGCCAUGGCUCUGACUCCGCAAUAUCGCGAGCUGAACAUGCUCUCCGAGACUCUUCUACAGGCACGACCAAGCUGCGGGUUCUCCAUGGAUCGUGGAUGGACCUGGCCUUUAUAUGUAACGACAUAUAACUGCAGAGACCCUGCGGUACGUGCUGAUGCCAUACGGAUCCUGGAGCAGUAUCCCAUUUGCAAUGCACUUCGAGACAGCCGAGUGAUCAGAGCCAUUGCUCUGCGUAACGAUGAGGCGGAGCGGGAGAGCGCUGAAGGAGCCGAUGGCGACGAGGCACACUGGCUACGCAUGCGGCGAAGGGAGAUUGUGUUUGAUGACCUUGGGAGAAGCGUCAUCUUCCGAUCAGUGCGACGAGAUCACACCGACAAUCGCUGGGUGCUGAUCGAGGAGGCAGCAGACUUCACGAUACAAAAGGAUGGGCUACUUCCUUGGAAGCAACAACCUAUCUCGGAAGCCAAGUCGAUUUUGUAUUAUUAG